AUGAACAUGAGGAAGAGAUUCAGAGAUGAGCAGCAGGCCAGCAGGAUUAUCUCCCACAUGAAGACAUCACGAAGCCUCCACAUCAUGUGCCACAUCCCAGUCUUCUGCUGGAUCACUGCUACAGUACUCGAGGAUGUUUUGGAGAGAAGAGAGGGAGGAGAGCUGCCCAGAACCCUGACUGAGAUGUACAUCCACUUCCUGGUGGUUCAGACCAAAGUGAAGAAGGUCAAGUAUGAUGGAGGAGCUGAAGCAGAACCACACUGGAGUCCAGAAAGCAGGAAGAUGAUCAAGUAUCUGGGAAAACUGGCUUUUGAUCAGCUGCAGAAAGGAAACCUGAUCUUCUAUGAAUCAGACUUGACAGAGUGUGGCAUUGAUAUCACAGCAGCCUCAGUGUACUCAGGAGUGUUYACACAGAUCUUUAGAGAGGAGAGAGGGAUGUACCAGGACAAGGUGUUCUGCUUCGUCCAUCUGAGUGUUCAAGAGUUUCUGGCUGCUCUUCAUGUUCAUCUGACCUUCAUCAACUCUGGGGUCAACCUGAUGGAAAAAAAUUCACCAUCAUUUUUCUCUAAACUUUUUAUCAAAUCAAAUAUAAACUAUCUUCAUCAGAGAGCUGUUGACCAGGCUCUACAGAGUCCAAAUGGACACCUGGACUUGUUCCUCUGUUUCCUCCUGGGACUUUCACUGCAGACCAAUCAGAGACUCCUACAAGGUUUGCAGACACAGACAGGAAGUAGCUCACAGACCAAUCAGGAAACAGUUCCGUACAUCAAGAAGAAGAUCAGUGAAAAUGUGUCUGCAGAGAAAAGCAUCAAUCUGUUCCACUGUCUGAAUGAAUUGAAUGAUCGUUCUCUAGUGGAGGAGAUCCAACAGACUCUGAGUUCAGGAAGUCUCACCACAGAUAAACUGUCUCCUGCUCAGUGGUCAGCUCUGGUUUUCAUCUUAGUGUCAUCUGGAAAAGAUCUGGAUGUGUUUGACCUGAAGAAAUACUCUGCUUCAGAGGAGGCUCUUCUGCUUCAGAGGAGGCUGCUGCCAGUGGUUAAAGCCUCCAACAAAGCUCUUUUAAUAACAGAUGUUCCUCCCUGUCUCCUCAGACUGAGUGGCUGUAACCUCUCAGAGAGAAGCUGUGAAGCUCUGUCCUCAGUUCUCAGCUCCCAGUCSUCCAGUCUCAGAGAACUGGACCUGAGUAACAAYAACCUGCAGGAUUCAGGAGUGAAGCUUCUCUCUGCUGGACUGAAGAGUCCAAACUGCAACCUGGAGACUCUCAGCUUAUCAGGCUGUUUGGUCUCAGAGGAAGGCUGUGCUUSUCUGGCCUCAGCUCUGACCUUUAACCCCUCCCAUCUGAAAGAGUUGGACCUGAGCUACAAUCAUCCAGGAGACUCAGGAGUGAAGCUGCUGUCGGCUGGACUGAAGGAUCCAGACUGGAGACUGGAAACUCUCAGGGUGGAGCCUGCUGGAGGCCGAUUCUUGACACCAGGUCUGAGGAAGUAUUCCUGUCAACUCACCAUCGACACAAACACAGUGAGCAGAGAGCUCAAACUGUCUGAAGACAACAGGAAGGUGACACGUGAGGAGAAGCUUCAGUCAUAUCCUGAUCAUCCAGACAGAUUUGAUUACUGGWAUCAGCUGCUSUGUGGAACUGGUCUGACUGAUCGAUGUUACUGGGAGGUCGAGUGGAGAGGAAGAAUUAAUAUAUCAGUGAGUUACAGAAGAAUCAAGAGAAAAGGAAACAGUACAGACUGUGUGUUUGGAUUGAAUGAUCAUUCUUGGAGUCUKAGAUGCUCUGAUGAUGGUUUCUCUGUGAGGCACAACAACAUAGAAGCUCCUCUGUCCUCCUCCUCUGUCUCURACAGAGUAUCAGUGUAUGUGGACUGUCCUGCUGGCAUUCUGUCCUUCUACAGAGUCUCCUCUGACUCACUGAUCCACCUCCACACUUUCAACACCACAUUCRCUGAACCUCUGAUUCCUGGAUUUGGGUUCUGGUGGCCUGGUUCCUCUGUUUCUGUGCUKAKUUGAGUCUAAAGAGUCUAAAGUUUUUCCUCCUGUCAGAAAAACUCUCACUGUUGAACAGAUAGUUCAUCUCUACAUGUUUUCAUGGAUCCAAACUGUUUCUUGGUCAAACUUUUACACAUGAUUCCUUAGAAAUUUUUUCUUCUUCCAGUCCUUUAAAGAUGGAAGCUGGGAUUAUUCCAGGAUCCACAUGUUUUUCUGUUUCCAGUCAAAGAUGCUUUUAAUUUUCUGCAGUUUUUCUUAAUCACUGAACAUUUUCUGU